GAUUAUCCGGAACAAUGCCUUGUUGCGUGUUGUAUGGAGAACCGCUGUCCAAUGUGUCAGGUACCUCCGGAUGGUCGAGGAAAUCACGAAGCUUACCCUGCGCGUGACAAAGACGAAACAUUAUCUCUCCUUCGGGAACAAGACAGCCCGGCGAAUGGUGUUCUCGCUGGCACUACGGAGACUCGCCGAUUCAAGGAGCUCGGCCUACGUCCCGUGUAUCCGCCCUUCUGGGUCGAUCUUCCCCAUUCGAAUGUCUUCGAGUGGUUCACACCGGAUCUAUUGCAUCAAAUACACAAAGGCGUCUUCAAGGACCAUGUGGUCAAAUGGUGCACCGCGAUCGUAGGAGAGGACGAGCUGGAUGCGCGUUUCCGUGCGAUGAGCAACGUCACAGGGCUUCGACACUUUGCGCACGGGAUCUCAACCGUAUCGCAGUGGACUGGGCACGAGCAUAAGGAGAUGGAGAGAGUGUUCCUUGGUGUUCUCAUGGGCCGCGCAGACGCAGAGGUUGUCCGCGCGGUUCGUGCUGUUCUAGAUUUCAUCAAUCUCGCCGCCCUCCACUCCCACACGACGGAAACACUCGCCUUGCUCCGACAGAGCCUUGACGACUUCCACGCGUACAAAAAUGUAUUCAUCGAGCUCGGCGCGCGCACGCAGUCCCACUUCAAUAUCCCCAAGCUUCACGCGAUCGAACACUACGCGACUAUGAUCCUCAAAUUUGGCUCUGCGGAUGGGUUCAAUACUGAAUCCCCUGAGCGCUUGCACAUCGACUAUGCAAAGGACGCUUACCGAGCCAGCAACCACAAGGACUACGUUGCGCAGAUGGUAACUUGGCUUCGCCGCCAGGAGGCGGUCGAUCGUUUUGCUCGGUAUCUGACUUGGUGCCGCGAUGGGUCGCCCUCAAGUCCUCAAGUCACUGGCGCGUUGGACGUUGCAUCCGAACAAUCACGAGCCGCGGUGCCAGUGGUCCCUUCGGCGAGUAGUCCAGUCAUGUACAAGCUCCCGAACACCCAGAGGAAGACGUCGCUGAAAGGCAUUACAGCGGCGACCAUCAUGGAGGAGCAUCACGCACCUCAAUUCCUCGCCUCGCUCACAGCCUACCUGCGUCGCCAGGGCUCUUCCUUCACUCCACAACCCUUCGACGGCUUUACCUUGUAUGCUCGCCUUGCGACGCGCCUUCCGCAGAUCGACGUCACUGGCUCACGCGCCCUCAAGAACGUCGUCCGUGCCAGUCCUCCUGCACCGGCUCAAGGGCGCCAACUGGCAAAAGCUGCGCAUCUGGACUUCGCGCUCGUGCGCACAGGAGAACCAAAUGAGACGACGGCAGGAACACCAUUGGAGGGUAAGCUCCGGGUAAACAUGGCAGGUCUUCGCGUGGCGCAUGUUCGAGCGAUCUUCACGCUACCUCAUCAUUACAACGUGGAACCGUUGCAUCCACUGGCCUAUGUCGAGUGGAUGACUCCCUUUCACCGCGUCGAUCCUGACUCCGGUCAGUACAUCCUUACGCCCUCGACUCGCCAGCAAAAACCAUACGGCGAAGUGAUCGAAAUCGACCGGAUAGUGCGUAAUUGUCAUCUCUGGCCAGCGUUUGGUAGGGCAGUUGACGGGCGUUGGAGUACGGAUAACGUGUCAGAACUAUGCACAAGGUUUUACUUCAACUCGUACUUCGAUCCUCAUACAUUC